AUGCCAGCCGCCGCCUCCCACUCUGGGAUCCUCGCUGCCAUUCGGCACCCCUUUCUCCAGAUCUUCACCUGGCUCUAUUUGAUCCUCCAGGCCGUCCUCACCCACAUCUUCUCUCCAGUUCCUCCACCCCCCUCUGGCGACCAUUCGAAUGUCUCCCGGAAGAGGGUCGCUGUCAUUGGCGCGGGGCUGACUGGCGUCUCGUCCGCGGCCCAUUGUGUCGGCCAUGGCCUGGAUGUGCAGAUCUUCGAGGCCCGAUCUAAAGACCGUGGCCUGGGAGGUAUUUGGAGUAGGGUCAAUUCCACGUCUGCAUUGCAGGUGCAUAGCCUGAUGUAUCGCUUCCACCCGUCAGUGCACUACGAUACCGCCUAUCCCAGUCAGAAGCAGAUCCAGGAACAGAUCAUCCAGCUCUGGAAACGCUAUGAUUUAGAACGACGUACCGUAUUCGACACCCGUAUCACCUCCGUGAAGAAGACCAAGAACGGCCAGUGGAUCAUCAAUGACGACGAAGGCCGGUACGGUCUGUUUGAUGGCAUUGUCGCCGCCGUUGGCGUGUGCGGAGACCCUAAAAUGCCCCCGCUGCCCGACCAGGAGAAGUUCAAGGGCCAGAUCUGCCACUCGUCCAAUCUCGACGGCAAAGAUGCCACGGGAAAGAAAGUGUUGAUUGUCGGUGGCGGUGCCAGUGCCAUCGAAGCCCUCGAGUUUGCCGUCAAGUCCCGCGCUGCGGAGAUUGACGUGCUCGCCCGAUCUGAGAAGUGGAUCAUUCCGCGGAACGUUCUGGUGCAGUCGUUACUGGCAUUGAACAUUUUCGGCCAAGAGAUUUCACUCUCGUGGAUUCCCGAGUGGCUACUGCGCAAGUUCUUCUACCGUGACCUCCAAGACAUUGCUCCAUCGGACGAUGGCAUUUUUACCGAAACGCCCAUGGCCAACUCGGAGCUGUUCGAUCAGAUCCGUGAAGGAAAGGCUCACUGGCUGCGGGGCGAUAUUGUCUCUGUCGAGAAAGACGGCAUCCUCUUCAACCAUCGGUCCAAGGGAGUUCCCAAGGGUGGCCCCGGUCAAGAGCGCCUGGUUCCUGGAGACCUGAUUGUCAUGGCAACCGGUUUCAAGCGUCCGUCGCUUACCUUUUUGCCAGACGAGGUAUUUGAAGAGCCAUACGGCCCACCCAGCUGGUACCUCCAGGUCUUUCCACCCAAGUACCCGGACAUCUGUGCCAACAACAGCACGUUUGUCAGUGCUAUCGGCACCGUAGGCAAUAUGCACAUUGGCAUUUACACACGGUUCCUGAUCAUGUUUUUAACCGACCCUCUGACUCGCCCCACAGAAGACUGGAUGAAGACCUGGAUUGAUUUCACGCGAUUCAUGAAACGACUGGCGCCAACCAACGCUUUUGACUUUUUCACUUAUGCCGAGCUGAUUUACUGGUACAUCUUCGUCCUGAUCUUCAAUCCGUUCCGGUGGAAGUGGGCUCUGUUUGUGUUCUUUGGCAUCGGCCGUGCCUUGCCAUUGAUGGUCGUGGAGCAAGAGAACCACAUCCGCGACGAAUUGCGCAAGCAACACAAGUCGCAAUAA